AUGGAGACUUUGAUGGAUCAAGAGGCCCGCGAUACCGCGCCCAAGGCCUUGGCUCAUCUUGACACUAGCAUAACUCAAUCCAGAAGCUUCCAUUGGCCUGAACGCGGCCCAUUCAAGAACUUGGAGAGCAAGCUCAAGCGGCUAAAGAGAAAUGGAAACUUUCCUCUUCUGCGCGCGCUCAACUUUGCCGACCUAGACCCGCUCUCUACCUAUAUAUACUUGCUUUUAGCCUCUUGUAAUAAGAAUCACCAGCCGCAUAACAAGAAACAUUAUUCAAUAAAGUUCGGAGCCACUUAG